GCACGGAAUAUUCCCAAUUCCAUCACGACUGUCAUCGAGUCAGAGGCGGUAGUCGCCGUCCACAAUCCGAUCUCGUUUUAGUUUUAAGUUUCUACCGAACCGAAACACACAACAAUGAAAAUCUGGACGAGUGAACAUGUGUUCAACCACCCUUGGGAAACCGUAGCGACGGCGGCGUGGCGUAAGUACCCCAACCCCCACAAUCCGGCGGUCAUAGGGACGGACGUGGUGGAGCGGAAGGUCGUGGACGGGGUGCUGCACACCCAUCGACUGGUCAGCUCCAUUUGGUACUUUCCGAAGUGGGCGCAAGCUCUGAUCGGCUCGGCGAAAGUGUGUUACGCCCGCGAGCACUCGGAGGUGGACCCCGCCGCCAAGAACAUGAUCCUCAGGACCAUAAACCUCACAUUCUGCCGGCACAUCGCCGUGAACGAGACGCUCAACUACGUUCCGCACCCAUCCGACCCCAGCAAGACCCUCCUCAAGCAGGAGGCGGUGGUGACGGUGAAGGGGGUGCCCCUGAACCACUACAUGGAGGACCUGCUCGCCAACAAGAUCUCAAACAACGCCGGCAAAGGCCGGCAAGCCAUGGAAUGGGUGAUAAAAAAGUUGAACGAUGAAGUGAAGGACCUGACGAGGAGUACGGACGAGAUAUUGAAUUCGACGAAGAGGUCGAUAGACGAUAUCGCGUCGAGCGCGAAGAAGUCGAUGGACGAUAUCUCGCAGAAGGCGAAGAAGAGCUUCGACGACAUUCAAAAUCUACGAUCAGGGAACUUUUCGGAAUUUUAGUCGAAUUGCGGUUUUUUACGUUUUGUUGAAAUGACAAGUAUUAGCAUUUAAUUUAUUUAUCUCACGUGUGUUAAAUUGUUUGUCGAGCGCAGUGCUGUACAGAGCGUUACAAAGGUAGAGCGAGUUUGGGCGAUGCGCUGCAUGUGUAGGCGAGUGAUGUACAUUCGUGUAUAUAAGUUGAGCUAUUUAUUGACAUUCCUCUCCGAAUGUUUUAGGAUAGAUGUACAUAUUCUUGUUAAUAAAAUUCUAGUGCACGA